AUGUUGCAGGAUGAUGGUGAGCUUUACGUAAGGGCAGCACACCAUCGCGACCUGGUCAUCCUGCGUUGCCUGAGGCGGCUGGACUGCCCCUGGGGCCCUGGUGUCUUCAGCCGAGCGGUGUACGACAAGGUUGGUGGCGGUACCCUAGAGGUCCUUCAGUGGCUGCACGCCGAGGGCUGCCCGUUGUGUGGUGGCGAAUGGCGAAUGUGGCGGGUGCAACGACAACGACACAUGCAGGGCAACACGAGCACGUCAACUGGUGCGCGGCAACUGGUGCUGUCCGACAACACCGCAUACGCCUCCGCCACCAUUGGAAACAUUGUGUUCGACGCCACCACCAUUGCCGCCAUCAUUGGCGACGGCAACGCCGCCGGCGUCCCCGCCGCUGGCAUCGCCACCCUGGCCGCUGGCGCUGCAGGAGACCAUGUAUAA